AUGAAUCCCGUGCAAGUCGGCUGCCAAGUGCUGCCCAAGGUCCUCAACUCACUCUUCCACCUGCAGGACAGCCUGAACGAGUCGGUGGAAACCAAUUGGCGUCAGUGCCGCCGCCAAGACGACUGGGCGCUCGCCAUUACGAUGGAAAGCGCCGAGUUGAUUGACUCCUACUCGUGGAAGUGGUGGAAGAGCUUGAAGGCCCCGGCGGACAUGCAAAACGUGAAGAUUGAAAUUGCCGACAUCCUCCACUUUUCGCUCUCCGGGGAGAUGCAGCAACGCGCGGGAGGCGUGAAGGAAAAGGGCAAUGUUGCUGUGCACUCGCUGAAGGAACUGGGACUCUUCUGCCGUCCACCCUCCACCGCCGGGUCGGUUGCGGCGACCGGCCAACGGACAGGCAAUGCCGCUGACGAUGAACUCUCAGACCUUGUCUUUCUUCCACUCACCAACGCCGACAGCGCGGUGGCGACGUUUCGCAACGUUAUUCUGCUGGCUGGCAUCUACCGCUUUGACCUCAUCACGGAGGCCCUCAUGUUGGCGGCGCAGGACCUGGAAUUCAGUCUCGUGGGGUACUACGUGGCGAAGUUCACCCUGAACCACAUCCGCCAGCUCAAGGGCUACAAGGAGGGCGCGUAUGUAAAGAUCCGGGACGGGGUCGAGGACAACGUGCUGCUGCACGACUGCGUUAAAACCGUCUCGAUGGAGGACGUCCUCAACGAAGAGACGUACUUGACGGCCUGGAUGAAGAUCGCCAGCUCCGUCCUUGACGCCUUUGGGAUGCCCGCGCAGGAACGGCAGCAUAUCUAUGAGAGUUUGAAGUCAGCGGCAGCAGGGGGAAAGCCGUAG